GCUGCUUUUCUGCUGCGGGAUUUCAGGCUGGAGCUGAAUGUAGUUCGUGUGUGUGCUGAGUUUCUCGUGUGUGCUGAGUUUCUCGCGUGUGCAGUCACUGAAGGAGUGCUAGGAGUCAGCUAGCGCCAGGACCCCAGCAGCUGCAAUCCAGCUCUAGGUUUCUUUGAGGGAGGAGCGCUAGGCCCGCCCCCCGGACGGCCUCCGAAGCCAGCCCAGCCCAGUCCCACCCGCCUGCCCAGGCCCUACUUCCCUUGGCUUCCGCCAGCCGGGUUCUCUGCCCCAAGGACGCUCCUGCCCCGUACGAGCAGGAGGCAGCGCUCAGAUGCAGAAAGUGAAGCUCAGACACAUUGAAGAUUGUGUGACAUAGGGUAGGCAAGUGACAGUACAAGAAAGUGACAUAUUGCCUGAGGUCACCCGGAGGACCCAGAGCUGGAUCCUGGGGCUUCUCAUCAGAGAGGUGAGCCCCGUUGUCCCAGAGACCUCCUGGCCACCGGAAAGCCCAAGAUGGCCUCCAGCUCAGCCCCUGAUGAAAACGAGUUUCAAUUUGGUUGUCCCCCUGCUCCCAGCCAGGACCCAUCGGAGCCCAGAGCUCUCUGCUGCACAGCCUGUCUCUCUGAGAACCUGAGAGACGAUGAGGAACGGAUCUGUCCUAAAUGCAGAGCAGACGGCCUCCAACCUGUGAGCCCAGGAAGCCUUCUGACUCAGGAGAAGGUUCUCCCUGAUGUGGCUGAGGCUGGAAUCGUGUGUCCCUUUGCAGGUGUUGGCUGUUCCUUCAAGGGGAGCCCACAGUCCGUGCAGGAGCAUGAGGCCACCUCGCAGUCCUCACACCUGUACCUGCUUCUGGGGGUCCUAAAGGAGUGGAAAUCCUCACCAGGUCCCAACCUGGGCUCUGCACCCAUGGCACUGGAGCAGAACCUGUCGGAGCUGCAGCUUCAGGAAGCUGUGGAAGUGACAGGGGACCUGGAGGUAGACUGCUACCGGGCACCUUGCUGUGAGAGCCAGGAAGAACUGGCUUUGCAGCACCUCCUGAAGGAGAAGCUGCUGGCUCAGCUGGAGGAGAAGCUGCGUGUGUUCGCGAACAUAGUUGCUGUCCUCAACAAGGAAGUGGAGGCUUCCCACCUGGCGCUGGCCGCCUCCAUCCACCAGAGUCAGUUGGACCGAGAGCACGUCCUGAACUUGGAGCAGAGGGUGGUGGAGUUACAGCAGACCCUGGCUCAAAAAGACCAGGUUCUGGGCAAACUUGAGCACAGUCUGCGACUCAUGGAGGAGGCGUCCUUUGAUGGUACUUUCCUGUGGAAGAUCACCAAUGUCACCAAGCGGUGCCACGAAUCAGUGUGUGGCAGGACUGUCAGCCUCUUCUCUCCAGCUUUCUACACUGCCAAGUACGGUUACAAGUUGUGCCUGCGCCUGUACCUGAAUGGGGAUGGCUCAGGCAAGAAGACCCACCUGUCCCUGUUCAUUGUCAUCAUGAGGGGAGAAUAUGACGCUCUGCUGCCCUGGCCUUUCCGGAACAAGGUCACCUUUAUGCUACUUGACCAGAACAACCGUGAGCACGCCAUUGAUGCCUUCCGGCCUGACCUGAGCUCAGCCUCCUUCCAGCGGCCGCAGAGUGAGACCAACGUGGCCAGCGGCUGCCCGCUCUUCUUCCCCCUCAGCAAGCUGCAGUCGCCCAAGCACGCCUACGUAAAAGAUGAUACAAUGUUCCUCAAAUGCAUUGUGGACACCAGUGCUUAGAGAUGGACCCGAGUGUCUCCUGAAGGGAACCAGCUUAGACUGGGGGACUUAGUUAGACAGGCAGGCCCUGCCCUUGGAGCCCACAGUCCAGGACAAGGAUGGGCCGAGGUUGGCAUGACUUGAGUGCCAUAACAUGUUGGCUGUGGCUAAUGUGAGACUGGAGGAACUUGAGCUGUGCGUACAGAGACAGUGGAGGAGAAGACAGAAGUGCUCUCUUCACACAGACCACAACACCAGGAGGCCAGCAUGCCAGCAAGUCCUGAAUGUUGAGACCAGUUUAGGUCAAGACGACAAGAACCUGGCCUGAGGCAUGGACAUUGAGCCAAGGUUGUGGAGCCUAAGUGGAGGGGCACUCCUACUCGGACAUUCUCUGGAGGUCAGGGUAUAACUGGGAAAAAUGCCCCAUCUCUCUGUUCAGACUGAAAACUAGGACCGCAGGGCAGAAGGGACAGACAUGAAUGUGAAUUUAACCUGUCCUGGGUUGAGUACCUACAUUAACAGACAUGUAAACAGGUCAGUCCAGAAGCUGUCCUGGGAAAUGCUUGCCGGCUGGAUUUGAAGACCUUUGAUGCUUUUACAGAUAAAACAAACAACAGCAAAAGCCUUGAAUUUCAAGCUUCCUGUUGCUGGUGAGACAAUCCCACAGAGGAUUCUGGAGAAAUAGAAUCCUUUACUUCUCAUCCCUCCAGCUCCCUGUUCACCUAAACCUCUACACCUAGCAGCCCAGUUACCCAACAAACAGAAGCACACCCAGCCAUGUAAGUCUAGGGCUGGUGUCCAACAUAUGCACCGUCAUGACUGCUCACAGAGUGCCCAGCCAAAGGGGGAAUACACUACUAGGUCUGCCAUUCCUCUCUCCAUGUUCCUUCCUUCCUUCCUUCCUUCCUUCCUUCCUUCCUCCCUCCCUCCCUCCCUCCCUUCCUCCCUUCCUCCCUUCCUCCCUUCCUCCCUCCCUUCCUUCCUUCCUUCUUUCCUCCCUCCCUCCUGCCCUUCCCCUCUCCUCCAACUCUUACUCCUCCUCCUUUCCCUCCCUCCUUCCCCCAUCUCCUUCUAGAAAAAGUCUCAUGUAGCCCAGACUGGUUUCAAACUCAGUUUAUAGUCAAGGAUGACGCUGAAUUCCUGAUUCUCUUGCCUCUGGCUCCCAAGCGCUGGGAUCAAAGGCAUGUGUCAUCCUGUCUGUUACAUGAGGUGUUGGCGAUCGAACCCAGGGCUUCCUGCAUGGUGGGCCAGCUCUCUGCUUAGCUACAUCCCCACACCUUUAAUGGCGGCGUGCUUCUGAUGGGAGGAGAAUGUCUUCACACACACAGUGUGAGAGGCACUGUGCUCUCGGCGAAGCGUUACAGAGCUCUGUGUGCCGCGUGCCUAGGCACUGCAGGGGAAAUGUUGAGACACGCAGCCCACUCUCCUGUAUCUUCUAGUUCACCUGGAAGCCAGCAUUUUUUCUAAUUAGCGAAAGCAGAGUGUCGGGGAAAGCAUAGAAGCCACUGGACAAACGAGAAAAGGCUUCGUGGAGGAAGUGAGCCUCAAAUGCCAGCCUGAAAUAUGUUAAAAUGCAGAAGAUCCGGGUGUGGAGGAGAGAAUAGCCUUGGAGGGAUGAGACAAGUCUAGGCUGCAAGCAGGGGCUGGGUGACCACAGGCUGGAGAGGAAGGCUGACCCAGCCAAAACAGAUAGGCCAAGUGGCCAGAUCACAGAAAGCAUCACGUACGAACUAGUAGUGCACACCUACAGGGCCCUGGGUCUGCUAACAGAAGGGUGAGACAGUGGUUUAAACAGACAGAUCAUUUAUCUUCCAAAGAAGCCCUGCACUGUUGUUCUCUUCCAGGUGACCAAGGGGUCAGGGAGGCAAGCUGCUGGCAGAUCUCAUUUCCCUGCACCCUCACAGCCACGCAUUGAGGAACAAAGGCUUGCACCCACUUACAGAUGGGAAAGCUGAGGCCAGAGCAACCAUGGCAGAAACACUGGCAUUGCAAGUCCCAUCUUCAGUGUCCAAUCUCCCUCCCUUCCUACAGGUUUCCCUCCAAUGAUACCUCCAGCUAUGACACGGUUGAAAAGCAACAGGUGGGGUCCUUCACCCAGCCUGAGGGUCAACUCUGCAGGAUAUUGACAACCCUGCAUCCGCUCAGAGGCCACAGGCCACGUUGUUGAGUCCACAGGCGACCCGCAGACAGUGACUAAAAAGUGGGAAGAACUGGUUCGUGCCUUUAACUGUGAGGUUCUCUGUAGAUGAGAAACACUUGCAGAAGAACUCAUAAAAGAAGCACCAGGCAGAAAGAAGAGUCACCAUGAUCCCAGAUACUUGAGGGCACUGCUGGGGAAGUUUUCCUGUCUUUGGAAAGCAGUACUUCAGGGGUGAACCAGCUCAGAGAGGUCAGGCAGUUUUCUCAAGGACAAACAGGCAAUAGGGGAGUCUCUGCCUCCAGAGUCUGAAGCUUACUACUCGCGGUGGCGUCCUCCCCGGGGACUUGGGUGAGUGGUAGGAUGUCAGAUGAGAAGUGGCAUGCCUCCUGGAACAGCUGCCAGCCCUCCAGCCUCCCUCCCCAACAGCGGCGCCUCUUGCUCUCAGCACUCGCUUGGUGGGGACGCUUCUUGGGUGGGAUCCCCUAGUGACCCUGCACCAGAAGCUGCAUUUCAUUUGCCUCCCCAUCUGGGGCACGCAUGCACACACAUGGAUGUGUUUAGGCAGAGAGCACGCAUUGGCGCAGAUGAGAUUUAGGGAGCAUACCACAGGGAGCUGGGUAUUAUAGUCACUUGGGCCUUUGGCAUUCUGUUAGGAACUUUCCUCAAGCCCCACCUGUCUGGAGCCUUUUCCUCCUGGGAAAGCCAGAGAGGCGAGAGGCCGUGCUAACAGGACCAUCCAGAAACCACUGAAGAGCAAUAGGAAGACCCAGAGUGGGGCAGACACUGGACCAGGCCACCUACCAGGUUGGGCGUUUGCCUUCCCCACCACACACACAACCUGUACCCUCAGCCUCCCACAAGCCAAUGGAGUAGUUGGAUCCAUUCCCCACCCCACCCCCAGCAACAGGGACUGUACUCCUUUGCAGAGUUAUCAACAAACGAACGGUGCUCUUGCUCGCUCUCUCUCUCUCUCUCUCUCUCUCUCUCUCUGUGUGUGUGUGUGUGUGUGUGUGUGUCUGUCUGUCUGUCUGUCUGUCUCUGUGUCUCUGUCUCUGUGUGUGUCUCUCUGUCUCUGUCUCUCUCUCCCAUCUCUCUUUCUUUCAAUGUGUAUGUGUGUGAGCAUGUGUGUGUACACACAUCUACGUGUGUGAAUGUGCUUGAAGGUGGCUUCUUAUGUAGUGCUGGGGACUGAACUCGGGUUGUCAGGCUUGUGCAGCAAGAACUUUACCGACUGAGCCGUCUCCCCAGUCAGGCCCCUUUGUAGAGGUUUUAGGGAAAGAGCUUGGGGAGAGAGGAGGGCACUCAGGGAAGCAACUCCUCCAGAAGAGCCAAGCCACCAUGGGCCUAAGUCUUCGGACCAUGCCUCAUAGCCUGCCAUACUGGUACAGCCAGGAGCCUGCUGGGGUCCGUCUGUGGAAGAUCUCCUUGUCUACAAAACUGAUCUCGUUGCAUACUCUCACCCCCAAGCACAGAUCUGUCCAUGCAGUACUCACCAUCCCAGUAGUGAUGGAGCCUAUUUGAAACACAGCUCCUCCCUGCUACAUCUGUCCCAUAUACAUUGUGCACCGUGAGGUGAUAAGGGUACCCCAAGGCCCUCAGAGCAUGUGCUAUCUCUGAGCUCACACCACAGGCAGAAGAGUGGUGAUAAAUAUAGAUAUAGGCCCUGAGCAGCAACCUUUUCAGAAGCCCAUUUUCACUUCCUAUCUAUCUAAUGAGGCCACUAAACCCUGUGAGCUCUCUCAGCGCACCACCACACACUGCCAGAACUCAGGUCUCCUAGUACAUGGGAACACAUACCACACACAUAUACACACCGCACUACACCGCACACCACACACAUAUAACAUACACAUACAACACAAACCAAACACCACACACACAUACCAUAUCACACACCACACACACACACACACACACACACCACACAGAUACACAUAAUCCAUACACACACACGCACCACACAUCACAUACACACACAGAUACACACACAGAUACACACGCACCACACAUCACAUACACAUAACAUACACAUACAACACAACCACACACACACACACACACACACACACACACACACACACACACAUUUCUGCUCGGAAAGCUUCCUUUGCAGAUACAAGCACUUCACCUUCUAAUCAUGUUGCCCUCAUCUGAGAAAGUUAUCAAUUUCACAGGUAAGACAAGUGUAGCCUUGUCUUGGGAUAGGAGGUAACUUGCCCCAUGGCCUACAGUUAGUUUGUGACCGAGCUUUGGCUUCAGUGGGAGUCUGAUUACACUCUCGCCUUUGCCCCCUGGAGCCACCUAUCCAGCAGAGCGAUCACUAAAGCAUGUGGGCGAACUUAAGGCAAGCUUGAGACAGCCCUUCAUUUGCGCAGACUUGGAUGUGGGAAAUGAGUUCCGAUUAAGUUAAAUAUCUUUAUUUGAGAGAGCAUCUUGGAUUCCCCCAGGGGGCCCAAGGUCAUCACCAGAGAGAUUAUGAAAAGAAUAAGACCCCCAAGGCAGAGAAGAGGAAAAUGAAGAGAGAAACAGAGACAAUAGAAACUUUCGUAUGCGGCUGAACUUGAGGCCCGUGUGUGCCACAUGGGGCACCUUUACCAGAGCCUGACAACUUGAUCUGACCCUGAAAAUCUCGAUUCAGGCUGCUAACCUCCAGGGCUGGAGGAGACACGUGGCUUCCAGCCACUAGGUAUGUAGUAAUGUGUUCCAGCAGUCACAAGAAAUGAACGGGGCCCUUGAAUUGUGGCUGCACCCAGUUGGGACUUGCUGAAAUCUAUGACACACACAGACUUGAUAGCAAAGAGAGAAUCUCGCUUAUCUCGCCAACGUUUCAUGUGGCUGACAUGCUAAAGAUUUCCACGUUCUGGAUAUUAGAUUUCUAGGAAACUUAGAAACCUAGCCACCAGGUCACGUGAGCUUCACAUCCAAUCACGGGAUUGGAUUGCCUUGGCCGAAAGGAACAGGCUCCACCCUCUCCGAGUGGCCUGUGGCCGGCUCUGCAGAGCUGGAGACGGGAAUCCCCCUAUGCGCACACAUCCCUUCAGAUGGGGAGUACUGGUGGUAGGUGAGUGUCCCCCACCCCUCCCCUACUCCCGCCCCCCACCGCCCCCCCUGGUGUCUUAUUUUUAGCUCUCGCUGGCUCAGCACAGCUGGCUCUGAAACCUUGCUGGGUGUAAGCCAGCCCCAACUGCCAUCUCCUUGCCAACGAGGGUCUCAGGAGAGGUUGGUUCAAUGGUUCUGGGGCCUUUCAAGGGCCUAUGAGCAAGCUCCCAACCUCCCUGGCAAGGCUAACCAUAGUCCGUGUUUUUUGGAUAACGAAACCGAGGUUCCUGCAAGGCUCAGAGGUGGCUGCACUGGGUCUUAGAAGGAAACCUUCCUCUAGCACCACAACACUUGACCAGGCUGAAGCUGUGGAUCUGUGCACCCAGUGCCAGCUGCUCUGGGGCCUCACACAAGCUUCUCCAGGACAGAGGGGUGGCACUUUGUACUUUGAAAAGGUCUUCUUGCUUUGAUUUUCUUUUUUCAGUGAUGGGCUUGACCCCAGUGUUGGGGUUUAAAUCUCGGCUCAUGUCCAGACAGAACACACCAAACCAACAUGGUUCCAUGUGGAGAGGUUUAAUGAGAGAAGAAGAGCAGAAGGGAGAAGGAAAGGAAGCCAGCCAUGAGCACAUGGAGGGAAGAGGAGGGAUGGGGAGAGAAGGGCCAGGGAAGAGGGCAAGAGAACAGAGCAGAGAGCAGAAGAACAAGGACCAAGAAGGGGGUGGGGGGGUGAGCACCCCCCUUUAUAGCCAGGUACAGCUGGCUGUUGCCAGGCAACUGUGGGGCGGAGCAUACCUGGCUGUUGCCAGGUAGCUGAGGGGGGUGGAGCUUAGACAGAAUACCAAUGCCUGAAGCCGCUGGUGUACUAAGCCCUAGGAAAGUAUUCUAAUCAAGAGAAGAGCUAGCCAGCACCAAAAUGAAGGCUGGCACGCUAACCUUUUACUUGUUGAACCACCGGCCCAGGGUCAAGAGUGCUUUCGAGUGUUCCUUUUUUAAUAAAAUGGCGUCACAGAUGUGCUCCCGUACAAGCUCAGCGUUAAGGAAAGAAAGUAAUCUGAAUAAAUCCUCAGCCCCAAGCCUGGCUCAGGAAACUAUUCGUUAUAACCAAUGCUGAACGAUAACUCACUGGACCUUCUCGAACACCAGUGCGUCGAACAGAACUCAUGCUGUUUUCAUGUAUGGUUUUAUGCUGGGGAUUGAAUCCAGGAUCUCCUAUGUGCUAAGUCCACACUCCACCACUGAGCUACAUCCCCAGGCUCUCAGUAAACAUCCGUUGGCUGCGGUGUCUGUUUUUAUAACCUGCAGACUGAAACCCGGAUGCUUAGAAGACACACACAGGAGUACGUUACUGUAUCAGGAAGCUAUUAAACAACCCCGAGCUGCUACUGCACCCCUCUCUUCCCAGGCCUCCCUCUGCAUAGUAAUGCCCCGACCCCCUAGAUUAAGCCUCAGCUUCCAGGUUCGUCCUUGGCUCAGGCUGCCUCCUUGUUCUCCUGUGCAUAGCAGUAGCCUGGGGAGGUAGCAGCUUCAUCAAUGCCCUGGCUAAUUUGAUGGACGGAUCUGGCUUCUUUAUGGCCUCUAAUUAUUCAGUAAUCAUCUAGGUGUGACUGGAAAGGAAUUUUGUGGGUGUAAUUACCAUUUAUAAUUGGUCAGUUUUAAUGAAAGGGUUAUCCUAGUUGAUCUGUUAGCAGGUGCUUGGAACCAAACUGAGGCUUCUCUGAAAACGAAAGUCACCUUGUGUGCAGGAAGGGCAGCCAGCCUGGCCCAUUGCGGGUCCUGGGGCCAGCUGGGGGCGGGGGGCCAAUGGCCUCAGCGGAUUCCACAAUCAAGUCAGUUAUUCGCAAUAAAUCAGCCCAAAUGAUUGAGUCUAAAAAACCUAUUUUACCCUCACGCAACAUGAUCUCUAAAUGUGAGUUUGUUUUUAAGUGUACAAAAUAAAUCACAAUUCAAAAUAAGGUUAUGUCCUACUUUAAGUAAAUAGGACAUCAACAGCGUCAUUGGGAUAAUUAUACUAAGAUGCCAUUUAGCUAUCAAAUGAACAGGUGUGCCGAUCAAUCGUGUUCCCUAAACCCCCGGAUGCUGGCAGCAGAGGGAGGCUUAAUGCUGGCUUCUGGGCUGUGUUUCCUUAAGGGUCCAGUUCCUAACCUUAUGAAUCUGUUACUGUGAGGGCUCCAGAGAGGAACCUCAUUCAGGAGGCCAGCAGAGAUGGAGUGGGAGGGCUUCCUUCCUCCUUAUGGAGCUUCAAGACUCGUUUUAUCUUCGAUGCCUUCCCGGAGCCCUGCCCAGGGCUGAUGCCAGUGCUCAGGGCACUAUCUGGCAGCCAGAGAUGUGACAGUAGCUAAGGGGUAGGGGAACUUAGUCCGUAGACAUUGGCAGGCGCCCCUGCCCCCACAGCAGGAAAAACUGUUCCAAAUGAACUCUGCACCCCAGGCAAGACCCCCUGGGGUGGGGCACAUUCAGCUGACAGCCUAUGGUAGCCUGCAACUUGCCCCACCCAGCUAGGCCAGGGCCCAACUUGCCUCUAGGUCAAGUCACCUUCUUAGAAGGUGAUCUGGAGACAAGGGGCCAGGUGGCCCCAGAGAUAGCAAAUCCCAAGGGUCUGGGGCUUUAUUGAAGGAAUGUAACCUGAGCCUCGGCUGGAGGAAGGAUGGACGGGGAAGCCUGCAGUUCUAUGGAUGGUUUUCUACUUCUCCUAUAUCUUCCCCGCUUAAUAACUGAAAUCCUGUAAGGAAGUUCAUGCCUUCUGGGUUUAUAUUUUCAACUAUAAGAUGGUAUCCAGGAUAGGUGAAAACCUAAAAUUUAAACAUAUAAAGUAUGUUAAAAUGAUUCCUAAUUCCAAUGUCAAAAAAUAGAAAGUGAAGAUGGUGGGUUGUCUCAGCACAUGGGAUGAACUUAGGGAAGUAAUAUUAUAGGUUGACACUCACCACCUCACCGGACAGGGACCCUUUGUCCUACUUAUUCCCAUACGUAGCUGAGGUCUCAUCAUGGGGUUGGGACUGUCACAGAACAGUGGAAGCCCGUCAAGGAAACCAUUGCUUAACACCCACCAUCUGCCAGACUGGGUCUGUGAGAGCUUCACCAGAAUUAGAAACUGCUGCUGUUCACAAACUGAAAUCCACUAAUAUGUCCAGAAGUCCCAAACAAACCUGGCCGGAAACCUGCUCUCCCAUAUUAUGACCCAUAAUGCCAGGCCCUCCCUUCCGUGGUUUGAUGGGAUGGAGAAUUUGUGACAGGCCCCAGGUUAAUGUUGAUACUCUUUUUUUUUUUUUUUUUUGGUUCUUUUUUUCGGAGCUGGGGACCGAACCCAGGACCUUGCGCUUCCUAGGCAAGUGCUCUACCACUGAGCUAAAUCCCCAACCCCUAAUGUUGAUACUCUUAACCUGGAAUCCCCUACACAACAGUGAUGACGCAACAGUCGAUGACUGGCACUUAGGCAGACCCUGAGUUGACCAAGGCUACUUAGCAGUGCUAGAGAGUUGGACUUUCCUAACUGUCCUACCCUCGGGAACUGCCCUCCAUCAUCCCCAAGACCCCUCCAGGAUACCGUGAGACACGUACACAUCUAUGAAGCCAGAAAGUCAGGUUACUGUCCAGGAUGACACUGGAGGGACUAGGGAACAGCUGGUAAGUGUUUGCCUCUCAAACAUGACAACCUGAGUUCAAUCCUCAGACCCCUCAGAAGCACGGCAUAGCAGUGUGUGCUUAAAAAUCCCAGCGCUGGGGACCUGGAGACAGGAGACCUCACUGACCAACCAGCCUAGCCGAAUUAGGGAACUCCAGGUCCAGUGAGAGAUCCUGUCUCAAAGGAGACUAAUAGCAUUCCUGAGAAUGACAUCCAGGAUUGGCCUCUGACCUCCGUGUGUACACACACAACAUAUACCCGCAUGUAUACAACAUAAACACUCACAAACAUGUAUGCACACAUCCACAUAAAAAUAAAAAAGAUGGGGGCUGAAGAGACAGGUCAGCCGUGAAGAGUAUUGCUCUUCUUGGGGAGGCCUCGUUUGGUUCUGAGCACCCGCGUGGGGCAACUCACAGCCACUUGUAACUCCAGCUUCAAGGGGAUCUGAUAUCUCUGGUAACUGGAGCAUCUGCAUGAAGGCCCACACACCCACACAGAGACCUGUAAUUAAAAGUAAAAUGAAUGUUUAAAAGUAACAUUUUUAAAAAUGAUGCAACUCAGCUCAGGGCAUGGUCGGAGCAGGGAAGCUUGCAAAAAACUGUCAGAGACUUCCAGAAAACAGACACAGAGAGGGCAAAGGGAAGUGGUGGAGCAGAUAGGAAACACCUACAGCCCCUAAGCAUGCUGGGAGAGUAAUGGGGCAACCUGACUUGGUAAGCAGGCAAGAAGCACAGAGAAUAUGGACACCUGUGGAUUUCUUUUUUUUUUUUUUUUUUUUUAUUAACUUGAGUAUUUCUUAUAUACAUUUCGAGUGUUAUUCCCUUUCCCGGUUUCCGGGCAAACAUUCCCCUCCCCCCUCCCCUUCCUAUGGGUGUUCCUCUCCCCACCCUCCCCCCAUUGCCGCCCUCCCCCCAACAGUCUAGUUCACUGGGGGUUCAGUCUUAGCAGGACCCAUGACUUCCCCUACCUGUGGAUUUCUUGCCAAGACUCUCUAGUCACUUAGUCAAAAAGAGAACGGCCCCACUCAGACAUAAACCUCAUCUAUUAGAUGCCUGAAUAACAUUUACGGACCAGUCCUCUCCACAACUCCGAUGAGGCAGGCUCUGGGGUUAUCACCAUUGCGUAGCUGAGGAACCAAGGCUGCAAUAUUACACAUGUGGAAAGGGCAGGGCCCUUGUCUCCCUCUCUAAGCCCUGCGCCCCACCCCCGCCCCACCCCCGCCUCACCCCCGCCCCGCCCCCGCCUCAACCCCGCCCCCACCCCUGCUCUGUCCAGAGCAUCUGCUCUGUGUGAAGUCCUGGGAGGUUCAUUCUAGUGGUGACUCAUCGGAGCAGUCGCUUAUCAGUCAUCUUUUCUCUUUUGGAGCAUUUGCUGUUUACCUGGAGUUAGUUGUUUAUAGCAUUCCUUAUUCCAGAAAGCACUUCAUGUCUUUGGUGGAGGGGUAAAAGGAUAUACUUUUACAGACACAGCUAUGACUGUGUGGAAGGAUCAAAAAAGGCCAGACAUGAGACACAGACUCAGAGGACAGGCCUGAAGUCCUACAUACUCUGUGCAGAGGUCCCACAUUCUUCUCAGAGCUUUCUAAACGACAAAGCUUGGUUCCAUACAACACAGUUCCUGGUGUCUACUCCCACACGUGGUUACUGAGGCAAAUAAAACUCUCCAAGGCCCUCAGACCAGGAGUCUAAGAGAACAUCGCUGCUCCUGAGUAACGAUGUCCCCAGACAGCUUCUGCUGGGAUAUGCAACACACUCCUCUGAGGGCUGAUUCCUGAGCCUUGUUCCAUGCAGACCCACAUCUGCAGAGGAAAGAGGCUAGAGCACGCAUGUCUCUUUCUAGUUUAAUCUGUGGAGGUCAGAACACACACCUGCAGCUAAUGCUGCACUCUUCUGGGGGCUGUCAUAAAAGAAAGCACCUGAGCUUUCUUUCAAAUCGUUUGAAUUAAUUGUCAGCUUUCAGAAGCUAGAAUUUGGCCUGGUGGUGGUGGCGGCAGAGAGUGCCGUUAAUCUCAACACUCAGAAGGCAGAAUCUGGAGGAUCUGAGUUCAAAGCCAGCUCUAGUCUAGAAAGUGAGUUCCAGGACAGCCAAGGCUACACAAAGAAACCCUGUCUCGGGAAAAAUAAAAAACUAAAGUUACAAUUUUUCACACACUCGUACAUACACAAAUCCAGACUUUUUGCCAAUCUCUUCUAAAACAAAAGAAAUUUGACAAGGAGACCAUAUUUUCCAAGGGCAAAAAUUGGUUCUGGCUUCGUAUUCCAUCCCUCUACGGUUCUGUGAAUGUCCUACUGGACUCUAAUGCCCCUCCCCAACUCCGCAGGAUACCUGGAGUCUGCGGUCAGUCUUAGUAUGUUUUGUGUAUCAGAACAUCUGGUAGCCUAGUGUCCCAGGGCAGGCUCCUGAGACUGAAGCAGGAAGAGGGUACACAGGUUUUGCUGUAGCUGGCUGUGAAAGGUCAUGGGAUGGGGAGAGGUGCUCAUCCAGCCAAGCACUGCCCAUCCAGACAAAUGGAUGAAUCGUUUUCUUUCAACAUAUCAUUGGGCUUCAGAGGUUAUGAGGCGAAGACUACACUCCCUAGCAAGUGGGUGUCCGGAGCAUAGCUCCGGUGAAUGGCUGUGUCAGAGAACCAUUUAGAAGACGCUCUUCCACCCACACUCUCCAACCCCAUGCCCAGGGCAACCCUUGACCAGCUCGACAGAAAGCUGUGUUACUGAACUUUGUACUAGGCAUCCCCCCAAUAAACCGUGAUGAGCAGAGAAGCGGCGCUCCCUCUAGGGGUGUACAAGUGGGUAUCUAUCCCUGCCUAUGGGAUCCUAACCACUCCCCCCCCAACGGAAGAGGCGGGGACUGCCCAGGAAGUAAAUAUCCAGCCGUGAAGAGCCCAAUCCAGGUGAGUUACGGUCCAAGAUACUGAGUGGAAACUGCAGAGUACAGUCCGCAGCCAGUCUUAUAUAUUAGAUCAGAAGGCCAGUUUGGGAUAGAGAGUAGACAGGGUUGUGAAUCUGAUGCCAGCUAAGGUUAAACUUGACCCUGAUCUAGAAGCUUCCUAUGGAGGUCUUUAAGUCCCGUCGGUGCACGAAUCUUUGCUGCGGCCAAGUUGCCAAGGAGGACUUCCAGAAAGGACUCGAGCCUGGGACCAGGAAGAGAUUGAAGCAGAAAACGAGGGUCUUCAUCAGCCUCUGCAGCUAUUCUAUGGAAAUUCUUCCCUCUUCCGUCCACACCCUUUCAAACAGUCUGAAUCAGAGGCCGUGUGUGUGUGUGUGUGUGUGUGUGUGUGUGUGUGUGUGUGUGUGUGUGUGUGUGUGUGUGUGUGUGUGAAGGAUGUAUUUAUCUGCUAUUUGAAAGCUGCGGUUUCUCUUUAACAGCUCCUGGGCCCCAUCCUUUGACCAGACACCAGGAAGGAAUGAAGGAGGACUCUCUUGAUAAUGAGCACAGUGGGCCUCAGCGUGGCCUGUGGCGUCACUGGCUCGGCUGCCAGCCGUUUCUCAUUUCUAACUGGGCAAAGUUUUCAGGACAUUUUUAUGGGCUGCCCCAAAGCCAGCUGGAAGCACUUUUCCCAUAAACUCUCCCAGAGACAAGUAGCCAGGUUUCACAUAUUAAAAUGAAAAUGUCAAAAGGGCCGCUAAAAA